AGCUCAUGUUUGAAGACUUUUUCAUAGAAAAUAAACAGAAGCUAAUAUGGCUAUUUACUGAAGGGUUGUUUAACCAGGGCGAUCCACGACCAACAGCAACGCAAAUUAAGGAACAAGGAUGGAUUAUCUGCGUGAUUGUCAUUGGUAACCAUGGGAAUGUAGAUGGAAUUGACGACUUAGCAUCUCCAGGAUGUGUUGUCGAAAUAGGAAAUUUUGCAGAGUAUAUUUAAAUCACAAGAAAAGCACAGUGAUAUUUAUGGUUAACUUUUCGUAUCUUUUGGACUCGCAAUAACAUCCACUAUAUGUACGAGAUCCUUUCAAUGCAGACAUCGUUUGCGCAUUAUACAAAGAAAUUGCAAGAAUUGGUUCUAGACUUACCACGAUUUUAAAUUGGUUUUGAUACAGAUUACACUGGAACCGAUAUGAAGAGAUUCUGGGCACUCAUUCUGGCUGCUGCUUUGUUGCUGAACGAGUGGUGUGUGGUUAACUCUGUUCCCCGGAGGAAUGGGACAUCAACGACGGCAAGUGAGCUUUCGGGUAUUUUAAAGAAGAUUGUGUCUCCCUGUACCACCGAGCAAACCAACUGCAACAACCCUGAUCUCGAUAUUGUCUUCGCAUUGGACAGCAGUUCGAGCAUUAAUGAUACUGAGUUUAAGGCGCAGAAAUAUGCAACAAACAUGAUUGCUGAAUUCAUCGAUAGGCAUAGUCCCAUUGCCCCCGAUGGAACCCGGGUUGGUGCAUUGACGUUUGCCACUGAUGUGGUGAGAGAGUUCGAGCUGAAUGAACACACUGGUUUGGAAUCUGUUCAAGGUUACAUUGACGCGAUUGGCAGAAGAAUGGGAGGUACAAACACAAAACUGGCUUUGGAGACUGCGCAGCUCAUGUUUGAAGAUAUGUUCUUAGAGGAAAGCUGGAAGCUAAUAUGGCUACAUACUGACCGUGUGUCUAACCGGGGCGGUCCUCGACCAAGAGCAACAAGUAUUAAAAAACAAGGAUGGAUUAUCUGCGUGGUUGUUAUUGGAAACCAUGAGAAUGUAGAUGAAAUUGACGACAUAGCAUCUCCAGGAUGUGUUGUCAAAUUUGGGAGUUUUACAGAGUACGCAAAAGUCGCAAAAAAGGCUCAGGACCCAGAUCAGUUUGAUGAAUUUGGUUACCAAGGAUAA